GGAGGACCCUCUGGGUCAGGUCCUGCAGGAGUCCCAGGGGGAGCUUGCAGGAGUGCAGGCCCACUCUGAAGACGGAGCCCUUCUCCAGCUUCUUUCUCUUCCAUCCUGAUUCUUGCCACUGGAUGCAGUUAUUAUGAAUAAAUCUGCUAUGGACAUUCAUGUACCAGUCUCUCCAUGGACAGGUGUUCUCAUUUCUCUUGGAUAAAUAUGUAGAAGUGGAAUUACUUGAUUGUUUGGACACUGUCCCUUCCCUUCAUGAUGGCAUGCUCAAGGACCUGCUCCCGCAUCCUGGGGCUGAGUCUUGGGACUACAGCCCUGUUUGCUGCUGGGGCCAACGUGGUGCUCCUCUUUCCUAACUGGGAUGUGACCUACCUGUUGAGGGGCCUCAUUGGCAAGCAUGCCAUGCUAGGCUCUGGGCUCUGGGGAGGAGGCUUCAUGGUACUCAUUGCAGCUACCCUCAUCUCCUUGAUGGGCUGGAGAUGUGGCUGCUUCAGCAAGAGCAGGCCCUGCCGAAGUAUUCUCACUGCUCUGUUGUCAAGUGGCCUGGCUAUGCUUGGAGCUUUGAUUUGCUUUAUCACUUCUGGAGUAGCCCUGAAAGACGGUCCUUUUUGCAUGUUUGAUAUCUCAUCCUUCAACCAGACACAAGCUUGGAAAUAUGGUUACCCAUUCAAAGAUUUACAUAACAGGAAUUAUUUAUAUGACUAUUCACUCUGGAAUUCUGUCUGCCUGGAGCCUUUUAAAGCUGUCAUCUGGCACGUGUCCUUCUUCUCCGCCCUUUUGUGCAUCAGCCUCCUCCAGAUUCUCCUGGUGGUCAUUCAUUUCUUCAACACUUUGCUGGACAUUUUCUGCAGCCUCUGUGAGAAGUCAUAA